CAAAAUAAUUCCUCGAGUGAGCAUCGUAUCAACCGAAAAUCCCCAGAAAUCCAGUAAUUUGUCCGAGUUUUCGUGUAAAAAGUCUCAAGAACCGCUAAAGUAGCGUCGAUUUCUUGCCAUGGAUGUGGAUACAAGUUCCGAAAACAACGUUUCGAAGGAAGAUUCGCACGAUGCUUCGAUGGAAAAUGGCACAAAUAACGAAGAAGAAGCACCGUCGUCGCCCGUAGCAGCAGAUGAGGCUCGACGAAGCACUUCUCCCGCAACUUCACAAAAUGGACGAUCCUCGUCGCGUCGCUCAGGUUCGCGUUCCCCGUCAAAAGAUCGAAGUCGUUCGGGUUCUCGGAGUUCGCAACGUGCUGCGAGUGUUGAAUCGAACAAAUCGACACAUUAUACGCAAGCGAAAAGUCCCGCAGGGAGCGAAUCGAGACCUGGAAGUGCAGCGAGCAACGUUUCGAACGGGAGAAAAUCUCGUUCACGAACGCCUGUGAGCCAAAGAAAGUCUGUAAGUCGCAGUCCGCGACAAAGUUCGAGAAAUGGAAGUGUCGAAUCGAACAAAAGUGCGGCGAAAUCGCGAUCCCGAAGCGGAAGUGCAUCAAAUAAGAGUGUUUCGCGGUCUCGUUCACGAAGCGGAUCGAGAAAAAGCGGGUCUCGAUCACGUUCGAGAAGCGGUUCACGUAAAAGCGGGUCAAGAUCUCGUUCUCGUUCAGGAUCUGGUUCACGAAGCAGAAGCAGAAGCGGCUCAGCUCGCAGUAGAAGUGGCUCGCGAAGCAGUAGAUCGCGUUCCCGCAGCGGUUCAAGAAGUCGUUCGAGAAGCGGAAGUCGAUCUCGAUCUCGAAGUGGAUCAAGAAGCUCCCGCGGAAGUCGAAGUCGUUCACGUUCAAAGUCAGGUUCGCGUUCCCGAAGCAGAUCUCGCUCCAAAUCUGGCAGUAGAUCACGCAGCGGAAGUCGUAGUCGUUCCAGAAGCGCAUCCCGAAGCUCUCGUGGAAGUCGUUCUCGUUCCAGAAGCGGAUCUCCCGAAGGCGAAGGCGCAAAACGUUCCCGCAAAAUUCUCAGCGACUCCGAAGAUGAAAGUCCCUCAAAAAGAAAACGUUUGGAUUCGGCAAGUGGCGACGAAGAACCCCCCAAAGAAGGAGAAAAUGCCGAAGCUGCGGGAAAUGCGGGAAUUAUCGAUUCAGACGACGACGAUAAACCCGAUGACAUGGAAGGAGGCACCGGCGGGCAUCAAUUCGAGUCCGAUUUUGACGCAAUGUUGGCACGAAAGAAGGAAGAAAAAACCAAACGACGCAAACGGAAUGACAUUGACUUGAUUAACGACAACGACGACUUGAUUGCACAUUUGUUGCAAACGAUGCGCGAUGCCGCGGAAGAAGAUCGUGAAUUGAAUCAAGCCGGGCAACCAGCUACGAAGAAAAUUUCCAUGCUGAAACAGGUGAUGUCGCAACUGAUUAAGAAGGAUUUGCAACUGGCCUUUUUGGAGCACAACGUUUUGAAUGUUCUCACGGAUUGGCUGGCGCCGUUACCGAACAAGAGUUUACCAUGCCUUCAAAUUCGCGAAAGUAUCCUCAAAUUACUAUCAGACUUCCCAACAAUUGACAAGACAUAUUUGAAGCAAUCGGGUAUCGGCAAGGCAGUUAUGUACUUGUACAAACAUCCAAAUGAGACAAAGUACAAUCGUGAUAGAGCGGGAAGACUGAUUUCCGAAUGGGCUCGUCCUAUUUUUAACCUCAGUUGUGAUUUUAAAGCUAUGUCUCGUGAGGAGCGUCAACAACGUGAUUUAGCGCAAAUGCCACGCAAACGCAAACAAAGUCCCAGUCGUGAAGAGACGAGCAGUUCGACGAAGAAAGGCAUCUUCAAGGAAGAAAAAGCUCUGAGACCCGGAGACAAAGGAUGGGUUGCACGUGCUCGUGUUCCAAUGCCAUCCAACAAAGAUUACGUUGUUCGUCCCAAAUCCACGUGUGAAGUCGACAUGAGCAGAAUUACAAAGAAGAAACCCAACCGCUACGAGAAACAUUUGAAGAAAUUUAUCGACGCCAAACGUCUCAAACAGACACGACGUGCCGUGGAAAUUAGUAUCGAGGGUCGUAAAAUGGCUCUUUAAGCAUCCCCCUAUCCCCAACUACAAACAAAAAUAAAUGAAACUUAUUUUUUUCUGAUAAAAUAUUAAAUUAAUUUUUUUUAGUAAAUAAAAGAAUUCAAGAAUUUGA